UCGCUGUGCGUCGCUGCGGGCUGCGGUAGCCUCUGUCACUCUUCCGCGGGUUUCCGAGUGACGAGGGUAAUCUUACAUAGCAGGUGUAAACGCGAGCAGCGGGAACGCCACAAUGUUGUCCUGGAUGCAGGAAGCAGCGAAAAUGAAUCCAUUCUCGUCGCCGUUCACGACGGCCAAAUGUCAGGCGCUGGAGAACGGUGCUCGGCCGCUCGUGCCAAAUCGCAACAUCGCCGCCGCCUCCGUCGAGGAGGGUGAUAGUUGCGAGUUUGGAUCGAAUCAGUAUUUCUUGCUAUGCGGUCUCGGAGGCAUUCUGUCCUGCGGCAUCACUCACACCGGCAUCACGCCCUUAGAUUUAGUCAAAUGCCGAAUUCAAGUGGACUCGCAGAAAUACAAAUCGGUGUUCAACGGAUUCCGAGUAACUUUAGCCGAGGAUGGCACUCGGGGAUUGGUGAGAGGCUGGGCGCCCACUUUCUUCGGUUACUCGAUCCAGGGAAUGUUCAAAUUUGGUCUUUACGAAGUUUUCAAGGUUCAAUACGCGGCGCUGGCGGGUGAGGAACUCUCUUACGAAUAUAGAACCUCUUUGUACUUGAUAUCAUCGGCUUCAGCAGAAUUCUUUGCUGAUAUUGGCUUGGCACCGUUUGAAGCCGCCAAGGUCAAGAUACAGACUACGCCGGGGUACGCUAAUACUUUACGACAAGCAUUACCAAAGAUGUUUGCGGAGGAGGGUCUUAACGGUUUCUACAAGGGCUUAGUGCCGCUGUGGCUGCGCCAGAUCCCGUAUACGAUGAUGAAAUUCGCCUGCUUCGAGCGCACUGUCGAACUUCUGUAUAAACAUAUAGUGCCCAAGCCUAGGGCAGACUGCAGUAAAGGUGAACAGUUGCUGGUCACGUUUGCAGCCGGAUACAUCGCCGGUGUAUUUUGCGCCAUUGUAUCUCAUCCUGCCGAUACGGUGGUGUCGAAGUUGAAUCAGGAGAAGGGAGCAUCUGCCGGGGAAGUCCUGAAGAAGCUCGGUUUCGGUGGCAUGUGGAAGGGUCUGGGACCGAGAAUCAUCAUGAUCGGUACCUUGACUGCGGCGCAAUGGUUCAUCUAUGACGCCGUCAAAGUCUGGCUGCGCAUGCCACGUCCGCCACCGCCCGAGAUGCCAGAAUCUCUCAAGAAAAAAUACGGCCUGGCAUAAGCGCAGCUGUGACGGACGCGUUUACGUCGCCGACCGGAUCGUCUCGCUCGAUCAUGAAUUUAGAAAAAGAAGCGUAUAAAGCAAUUUCAAUUUCAGAUCUUUCGCAACAAUGCAGACAUCGUGUGUUGUUGAACGAAUGUGUAUUUUAUUUUGGAAUAUUUAUUCUGCAGCAUUAUACAACAGCGUCGACGGGCAGCACUGCCGCAAGAUUAGAGAAAAGAAUUGUGUCUUACAAAUAGGAGAUAUAUAGGAUACUACGUGUGCCGGUUCCAUAAUUAUCGGAGGCACAGUAAAUUUAACUCGUAACAGUAACGGGUUACCCGCGAGCUGUCACAUUGUACAUAGGGUGAUCGCUGUAAAUAAACAGGCCGAUUACUCAAUCACA